GUUAAAAAAGUUAUGAAUCUUUGAACUCGGCACCUCCCUACAUUCUGAAUUUUUUCCUCCAGGCGACGGGGUUCCUCAGUCAAACAACCAACAGCAGGCGCGUGGCUUGUGUCUCCCGUUCAGCUUUCUUCUCCCUCGUACAUCUGACAAUCCUUUCACCGCCAGAAUGGGUCUGGUGCAGGAGCUUGGGGGCCCCCUGGCCGAGGGGUUCGCGCGCCUUGGACUGGCUUCGCAAGUCGCUGUCGCAGUUGGGGGCUUUCUGUUCCUGAGCGUCUUUUUCAAUGUGCUCAGUCAAAUUCUCUUCAAGAACCCUAAUGAGCCACCACUCGUCUUCCACUGGUUCCCCUUCGUGGGGAGUACCAUUACCUACGGCAUGGACCCUCCGCGCUUCUUCCGGGAGAACAAGGCGAAGUACGGCGACUGCUUCACCUUCAUCCUUCUCGGCAAGAAGACGACCGUCUAUGUCGGACCUAAGGGUAACGACUUCAUCCUGAACGGCAAGAUCCGCGAUGUUUGCGCCGAGGAGAUCUACACCGUUCUGACGACGCCUGUCUUUGGCAAGGACGUCGUCUACGACUGCCCCAAUUCGAAGCUCAUGGAGCAGAAGAAGUUCAUGAAGAUCGCUCUCACGACCGAGGCUUUCCGCUCCUACGUCCCUAUUAUCUCGGAUGAGGUCACGAGCUACUUCAAGCGAACCGCGGAUUUCAAGGGCCAGUCCGGCAUCGUCAAUAUCUGCCCAAAGAUGGCCCAGAUCACCAUUUUCACCGCCUCUCACGCCCUGCAGGGCAAGGAGAUUCGCGACAAGUUCGACGAGAAGCUUGCCGAUCUCUACCACGAUCUCGACAUGGGAUUCUCCCCGCUCAAUUUCAUGCUGCACUGGGCUCCCCUCCCGUGGAACAACCGCCGCGACCAUGCCCAGCGGACCGUCGCUAAAAUCUACAUGGACACCAUUAAGUCACGCCGAGCGCAGGGCGAGAGCGGCGCCCAGGAUAUGAUGUACCACUUGAUGAACUCGACAUACAAGAACGGCGUCAAGGUUCCGGACCACGAGAUCGCGCACAUGAUGAUUGCGCUUCUGAUGGCGGGCCAGCACUCUUCGUCUUCUACUAGCUCGUGGAUCAUGCUCCGCCUGGCUUCCCGCCCAGACAUCAUGGAGGAACUCUACCAGGAGCAGGUCAAGAACCUCGGCGCGGACCUCCCCCCGCUGACGUACGAGGACCUGGCCAAGUUGCCGCUCAACCAGGCCAUCGUCAAGGAAACGCUCCGCCUGCACGCCCCGAUCCACUCCAUCAUGCGCGCCGUCAAGCAGCCCAUGCCCGUCCCCGGCACUAAGUACGUCAUCCCCACGAACCACGUCCUCCUGGCGGCCCCCGGCGUUUCGGCCACGGACGAGCAGUACUUCCCCCAACCGGACCUUUGGGAACCCCACCGGUGGGAGAAGGAGUCGCCAAUUGCGCCCAGCAUCGUGCGAAACGACCCAGAGGAGGAAGAGGAGAAGAUUGACUACGGCUACGGCCUGGUCAGCAAGGGCACCGGGUCACCGUACCUUCCGUUCGGCGCCGGCAGGCACCGGUGCAUUGGCGAGCAAUUUGCCAACGUGCAGCUGCAGACCAUUGUGGCCAUGACGGUGCGCAUGUUCAAGUUCCGCAACGUCGACGGUAGCAACAACGUAAUUGGCACCGACUAUGCCUCGCUCUUCUCGCGGCCGCUGGAGCCGGCCAAUAUCUACUGGGAGAAGAGGGAGAAGCACUGGGAGUAAGGGAGAAGGCUGGACGAGACGGAGUCGGAGUGGUCAAAUAAUGCCGUGUACUUGAUGGAAACGGUUAAACGAUGAAUUCGGCGUUGGCUAGAUGUACGUAGGAACGACCAGGCAAAAAGAGGCCAUGAGUCGAUCGGCAACGACUGGGAGUGCUAUGGGAGAGACAUAGAAUAUUAAUAGUAAUACCCCUCCAUACUUAUGAGAGCUUGUUCUGUCCCGCCGUGCAUCGAGGGUUGUGGUGGCGGGGCAAUUGGGUGGCUUCGCCCGCGGCUGAGGUGUGAUGGAAGGAAUGGGAUGCGUUGCACGUUGAGGACAC